GGCAAUAAAAGCUUAUAACACAUUAUAACGCUCAGCAUCACUGAUAAUUACUAACUGCUAAACGAAGCUUUGUGUUUUGUAUGAAUAAAUUAGGGCGUGAUCAUCUCUACCGCUUAUCACAGUCUUCCUACCCGGUAGCUCAUUAAUAUUAAUUGGAUUUACAGGCAAUAAGACCGACCCUCUGCACCAACGCGGCCACAUUCAGCAUCCCACUGAGGUUUCAUCAGACUCUUUGUUCGGCGGCUGGAAGAGUCGGUUUGAUUUGGACUGGGCUGAUUAUAUUUUCAGGGGGAAAAGUAAAAAAGGAAAAAUGGCUUUGAGAGGAUCUCUUUCUCGUCUUCUCCGGACUCAACUCAGCCACACUUGCCAACAGAGCAGAGCUCAAUCCGUGGCUGUUCUGGGAGCUCCCUUUUCAAGAGGGCAGAAAAGAAGAGGCGUGGAGCACGGUCCUAAAGUCAUCAGAGAUGCGGGGCUCAUCGACAGGCUUUCCGGGUUAGACUACUCUGUCCACGACUUUGGAGACCUCAACUUUCACCACCUUGAGACGGACGAACCCUACAUGGAUGUGAAGUUCCCUCGCACAGUGGGAGCAGCGAAUAAGAUGCUGUCUGGCGCCACUAGCAGAGCUAUCGGUGCUGGGCACACCCUUGUCAUGCUUGGAGGUGAUCACAGCCUUGCUAUCGGAUCAGUGGGAGGCCAUGCCGAGCAGUGUCCUGACCUGUGUCUCAUCUGGGUUGAUGCUCACGCAGAUGUGAAUACGCCCAUGACUUCACCGUCAGGAAACCUCCACGGCCAGCCUGUGGCCUUCAUGCUCAAAGAGCUGCAAGACAAGAUGCCAGAUAUCCCAGGGUUCUCCUGGAUGAAGCCAUUCCUCUCCUCCAGGGACCUGGUCUAUAUCGGACUGCGGGAUGUUGACCCUGGAGAGCACCAGAUCCUGAAGAACCUGGGUAUCCAGUACUUCACCAUGAGGGAUAUCGACAGACUAGGCAUCCAAAGGGUCAUGGAAGUCACUCUUGACCAUCUUCUGGCAAGAAAACAGAGACCGAUCCACUUGAGCUUCGACAUCGAUGCAUUUGACCCGUCUCUGGCUCCCGCCACAGGAACACCAGUGAAUGGAGGUUUGACCUACAGGGAGGGGAUCUACAUCACAGAGGAAAUUCAUAACACAGGUCUGCUGUCAGCCAUGGAUCUGGUAGAAGUAAACCCCGUCCUGGGAGCGAGCCGUGAAGCUGUGGAGGCCACCGCUUCUCUAGCAGUUGACGUCAUUGCAUCAUCUCUGGGGCAGACGAGAGAAGGCGCUCACGUGCCAAUGGAUGAGAUUCCCUCUGUGAAGAACGACACAGAGAAACUCCGCAUCUGAGAGUCUAAAGCGAAGCUAUGAACUUUAUCAACAUCCUCCCUGAGCAUUCCGCAAUUUUGAAUACAAGACUGCAAAGACUGAAUCUAAUAGUUGCCUGAGUUUGGAAGUGUUUGUUCCCAUCGUUUCACUGUAUAGUGUAAUGUAACCAUGAAAUUAUGUCUAGAUUCAUAAAACUAUGAACAGGCUUUACAGAUUUGCGGUAAAAAGCCUUUGACAUAAUUUGGAAACUACUACACUUACUGAUGGGAAAACUUUUCAUUUCAACUGCAAUACUAAAUUAUUUUAGCUCCAAUAUGUAAUAAGUGUUAGAGGACAUGACUGGCACAUAUUUAUUAUAUGUUUGGUUUACAAGAGAAUGAACCUGCUUCAGAGGUUCGUCCAGACUUCUGCGGACUCUCAAACCUGUUUUGUGGCUGUGCCAGUUCGUAAAAACUAGUAAUAAUGUGUUUGCACUUUUGGACCAGCUGUGGUUACUGUAUUUUCUUUAGAGUUUACUUUUGUAUUUUAACAAAGAACCCACUAGUAUAUGUGUUAGAGUUUCUCUACGUAUAAACAUGUUCUGAUUACAUCAGUAUUAUUUGGCUUGAAAAUGGUUAAUAUUUAGCUUUGAUUCAAAUGCUGGCAAAAAAUGCUGGCAGUUAUUAGCAUAAUAUAACUUGAACUGAUCUAAUGCUUGGUCUAUAUUUGACUUGAUGUGGCCACUAAAUGACUACUGUCCUUGUAAUAAAGAGUUUAUAUUUUGGUCUUCCAUAAA